UCUAAUUUCAUUGAUUACUUUAAUUUAUGGGAAUACAUUCACCACACGUAUUUGAGGGGUCCCACUUCUAUUGCAAAUAGCCAACAUUGACCAUUUACACGCAUCAAACUUUCAUCUCCCGCGCAUCCGCAAUAAAUUGCAUUCAAAUGUAAGCAAACCUCAGUUUCACACCACUUCAAAUAGAGGUAGGAAAAACGUGAAGGACAUCUCAAUUCGGAGUGCUCUCAGGCUGCAGUACGAGGUAAGUAGAAAUAUUUACGAUCGAGCUUGUCAGGCUGUGUAGAGUUGGAACAGCAUUUUCACACUGGGUAUUGUUAUCGUCGCUCUACUUGUGCUUGAUAUUGACCUCGCAAAAACCGCCAGGCUGAAAAUUUUCGCUCUAUGCAAGCCCAAUUGUAGUUCAGCCGUUUAUUUUGGUUUAUUCUGUUUUUAGUUUAUUCUUUGCUUUGAUUAUGUGGUUGUGUGAUGGAAUUAUGUAUUGUUCCCGACUCGGUUUUUGAAUAGAUGUAAUUCAAGUGCAUGAUUGAACUCUUUUUCAUAAUUGUGUUCUUCAUUUGUGUUAACUCAAAUGAAGGGUAAGGAAUAUGAGAAUGCCUUCUUCAAUAAUGUGUGUUCAUUUCUGAUUUGGUUGAAUUUGUGCCUUUUGAAUUAGGUAUCAUGGCUGAUCCCACACGCCGUAGUGGAGUUCGGUCGCUAGAAAUGCCAUCCCAUGCAAAAACAGACACUCAGCCAUGGAAAUUUUGAAAAGGUGAUCGAACCCGGAGGAUAUGGAGUGCCUGAGAAGAGGAGAUAUUGGCUGCAUCAAUGGGAGGCAAUCGUCCAGCUACACGAGCCUGGCAAAAAUACUAGGCCGGAGUGGCGUGGGAUUCAAUUCGGAUGGGCAAUAUAUGAUUGAAUGCGAUGACGAUCAGUGGGAGGCAAUCGUCUAGGCUGAUAAGGAUGCGAAGUUCAUGCGGGGCAAGUCAUGGCCGUUAUGGAAAACAUGGAAGGCCAUUUUCGUAAAGGAUCGUGCUAGCGGUGCAGGGGUAGAACAGGUUGAUGAUGCGGUGAAUCGUCUGCGUGGAAAUGGUCCAAGUGGUAGCGAGGUCAAUGAGAACGAGUUCCUAGGCUUUGAGGACCAUGAUUCCGACAACCUGGUUCAUCUAUCACAGGCGUCGGGCUUUGAAGGCUACAGCUCCGGUAACAAUGGCAAACAAACUUCCAUCAACAAGUCCGGCGAGAGUCAGAAGCGCAAACACGAUGGAGCCGAUGCAGCACUUAUGGAAUUCCUCUCAAAUCUGCAUACUGAGACAAACGUUCGGCUCGAGGUGAUUUCAUCGAGAAUCGGCUAUGAAUUCAAUCUUGGAAAGGCUAAGCAAGAUGUUUUCGACAAGCUGGAAACUGUGCAAGGCCUCACGCUCGAUCAACGGUACGAACUGUGCAACAUCUUAAGCGACAAGCCGCAACGGCUUGAGGUAUUCAUGGGAAUGAGAGCUAGCGCUCGUCUUGGAUAGCUGUUGAAGCUUAUCGAGGAGAAUCAGAAAGUAAUGUGAAAGGAGAUUAAUGGUGAAUUACGUUUUCUUUGUUGCUGCCUUUCUCGCUUGGGCCAAACUGAUGCAUAGCGUGCAUUAGAUCGAAAACACAUAUUUUGGAUGUAGCUAGUGUGUAUUAGGAUAUGAACCUUUGUUGACUAUGUGCUCUAUCGAGCAGUUUGUACAGCUCAUAUUGUAUGAAGUGAUGCGUAUGCUAUACUUAUGUGUUUCUCA